UGGCCGUUGGCCAGUGAAAUAAGCGGCGGAUCCAUGGGCUACGUGGGAGAAAGGGGCAAGUUAUCCAUGGAGUUUCAGAAGAGUUCUAGAUGUGGUGACCAGGUACUAGACUCGCCAGGCCGCAGCAUUGCUUGAGCAAAUGGGCUGUAGAAAGAUCGGGGAUCAAGCAGCCAAAGAAAAACUAUAACCAGGUUAUGCUUCUCACGAUCGUCUCCCAAGAUCGCCAGGAGCUUUUCGGGACGCAAUGCAGAGAGCCCAUCAUCAAGAAAUCCAUCGAGAAGAGGGAAUUUUUGCUAGGAAACCAUUUGAACUGGAGAACACACAUAGCUGCGGUUUUUGCUGGCGCGAUUUUGCUCGCAACACCCGCUCUUGCGGCCGAUGCUCUCAAGACGUGCUCCUGUCUUCUGAAAGAAUGCCGAUUGGAGCUCGCUCGAUGCAUUGCAGAUCCUUCGUGCGCUGCCAACGUUGCGUGCUUGCAAACUUGUAACGAUCGACCUGACGAGACCGAGUGCCAGAUAAAAUGCGGAGACAUUUUCGAGAACAAGGUGGUGGACGAAUUCAACGAUUGCGCAGUGACCCGCAAGAGCUGCGUCCCGCAGAAGAAAGACGAGGGGCGUUUCCCAGUCCCGCCACCCUCGGCACUCGUCCAGAGCUUCGACACCACGAAGUUCACCGGGAAAUGGUUCAUCUCCAGCGGCCUCAACAGGUCCUUCGAUACUUUCGAUUGUCAGCUCCACGAAUUCACCGCCGCUCCACAGAGAUUGACAGGGAACUUGAGCUGGAGAGUGAACACUCCCGACGGGGGAUUCAUCACUCGAAAAGCAGUCCAGAGCUUCCAACAGGACUCCAAGAAUCCAGGAGUUCUCUACAACCAUGACAACGAGUUUCUACACUACAGGGACGAUUGGUACAUUCUUUCGUCCAAGCUGGAGAAUCGGGGAGACGACUAUGUUUUCGUGUACUACCGAGGAUCAAACGAUGCAUGGGACGGAUAUGGUGGCGCCGUCGUCUACACUCGCAGUAGAACACUGCCGCGCAGCAUAGUGCCCGAGCUCCAGCGCGCGGCAGCCAAAGUGGGCCUGGAUUUCGCAAAGUUCUCGAGCACGGACAAUUCGUGCGGGCCGGAGCCGCCGCUGCUGGCGCGGAUCGAGAAGAAAGUGGAGGAGGGCGAGAGCGUCCUGGCCGAGGAGGUGCGGGGCAUCGGCAGGGCCGAGAAAUCGCUGCUGGACAAGAUCGAGAGCGGGAUCAAGGAGCUGGAGAAGGACGAGGUCAGUUUCCUCAAGGGAUUGAGCGAGGAGGAGAAGGCGCUGCUGGAAACGCUCAAGAUGGAGGCCAAGGACGUGGAGAAGCUUUUCGGGGGCGCGGUCCCGGUGAGGAAACUCCGCUAGCCAGGAGCACUAAAACUUUAAAACACGCGAAUAUUCACAAGCA